UCAUGCUGAGUGCGAUUGAAGGCAAUGCUUUUUGUUUGUUUGUCGCAGUUGAGUGCCUUGUUAAACUAAACAAAUCAUUGCUUUUAAAUCAAGACAAUGGCAGAUUUGUCCUACUUCACAGAGCAUAGAAAUAUGCACAUUACAGUGAUGCUGAGAAUGUAGUAUUUGUAAAGGGAAAUCCCUAAAGUUUCCCGCUAAGACCUCUCACAAUUUACUGAAUUAGCAAGCUGAUGAUGAAGGAGGGAUAAACCAGUAACACCAGUUUUAUUAUCCUGUCACUGUUUGCCCGGUUAAAGAGACCAACCAACUUCCUUGUGCAGCUAGUCUUUUGUCAGAGAGACCAAAGCGACAGGAAACCUCCUGCAGAGGUAAGAAUGUUAUCUACUUUCAUAGUUGAAUGUUUUUCAUGCAUCCAAUUUUUUAAAUCUGUGACACAACUUGUGAGUUUGAACCUCCUUGUUAAUCAACGUAUGUCAUUUGAUAUAUAACAUGCAAGAGCAUUAUUUUACUAAAAUUCUGGAAUAAUUGUUUAUUAAUUGACCCUGAAGAGAUUAACGUUAGUGCGCCUUUUGUUUGUGAGUUUAGAACUGAGCUUAGCUUCCACACAUGCGUUAGCCUAUUUUUAGCCUGUUCAUUGUACAUUGUCUAACAGGGAACUUUUUCUAUGCUGUUUGGAAGUGUAGGACAGUGAUCGACCCCCGCGUUAUUUUUGGCUCAGGUGUGGCUGCACAAUGCACAAGGGCCAGAAAAACACAGGAAAAGCAGUGUUCUACAAGCAAUCCACCGGAGCAACAGUAAUCAGAUCUGGAUACUUGUAUAAGUCUCCUCCUCAAAAGCGGCUGAAGACAGAGAAAUCAUGGAAGAAACGUUAUUUUGUCCUCAGCAAAAUCAGCCAAUAUGAAUACCAGUUCAGGUACUUCAAGGGUCAAGAGGAGUUGGACAGUCCAGUUGGAAGCAUAGACAUGUCACAAAUAUCCCUUUUGUAUGGAAACCCGCAACAUCACCAUAAGUGGGGAUGGGUCCAGAAGAACUUCAAAUGCUCCUCAGACUGUGUAAUCUACAUCAAAGCUGCCGAGCGGGACUAUUUCUUGGUUGGAAUGACCAGCACGGAGAUGGAGGCCUGGCUCACUGACCUGCAGGACGCCAUGAAAGACCGGCCACAUAAAAAUCUCAGUUUAGAGGAAAUAUCUAAUGGGGGGACAAUUGAGGUAAUAUCUAACCCGUUUAUGCGGAAAAAGAAUUGCAGCACCGAGUUUGAAAAGAGAGCAUUGCCUGAAGAGGGGAGGGUUAGCCCAAACCAUGCCGGGAAAAAUACUUUGCGAGUUCCCAUAUUGAAGAUCAGGUCCAUGUCUGAUCCAUCCUCACACACUUUGGAUAUCGACCCAGAGAAAGCAAAGCAGGAUGAAGAGUGUUCCAGAAGACGUUUGUCUGAGCCAGUAAAUCCAAUCUAUGACUAUCCCAGAUCCUAUCUAUCAAUACAAAAAGGGGAGAAAAGCCCAGUGAGAACCAGCAGCGCUGAGUUAAUAUAUGAAACAAUGAACACUGUUAAAAUGAUUAAACCAGAAGCUCAGCCUGUUGACCAUGAGGUUUCAUCAUUGCACUCACCCAACCUCACUCAGACGUUUGACAAAAAGAAGAUACUGAAUUCUCUUCCGACAUGUGCGGAAGAGGCAGACACCAACAGAGAGGACAAAUGUCAAUCUUCAGAUUUAAGCAGCAGCUCCAGUUCUUCUGUUGAGAUGCUGGAUAGCUAUGUGCCCCUAAGGGAAGAGCAAGGCUCCACUGAAAGCAUUGACAGACUCACCCUACUGGAGAAGGACAUAGAAGUAAAGCCGGCUGAUCUGAAAAAGCACCUCACACUUAUAGAUUUGGACGGGAAACCAAGUGUUUCUGGGUGGACGGGGCAGCCACAGACAGUGUGCCUGUUCCACAAAGGUGACCAAAUCCUGGCAAUAAACGACUUGCACACCGGCAGCAUAGAGGACUUCAACAUGUACAUCAGCAAGUCGCUCAAGAAUGAGGUGAAAGUGACCCUCCUGCGUCAGCGUGGACGGCAGCCUCUUCACUUGCCCAACUGCCCCUGCACCGACUGA